AACCCUUGCACCGCAGCAGCACCUGGACGCCUGAACCCUUUGUGCCCCCGCGUACAAACUCACCUCCCGUUUCACCGAUGAGCGCAUGGCGACCCCGAGCAUCAGAGACACGAGCACACCGCAAUCUUCGUGCGCGGGGUGCCUCUGUCUGCGCCCCAGCGCCGGAAAACCGCAGUCGGAAUGUAUCUAGAAUCUACGGCGAUAUUCAAAUGAUGAGGAUAGACUUCCGUACAAGCUGACCUUCUCCUGA